CGACCUUUCACCGAGAUCUGGGGCUCCAGCGACCACAGGAACGAACUGGCGACGGCAUGGUCAGACCUGCCGCCAUCGCCACUGCUACAACCUCGAGUAGUGACGCGAUGCCAACUGCCGCUGUCUUCGCUUCCUCUCCUGCCUUGAACGUCCAGUGCAAUCGCGGCGACGACGACGUCAUCUUGAUGGUGCCAUCCGAGGAGUACUCGGUCUCGCUCCUGCGAAAGCAACUCAACAGCAUCGGAUUCGAACGAACCCGCUCGGCUCGCAUGCCAAACAACGGCGAAACAGCGCCCUCCGUGCAUUAUGCCAGCCUCACAUUCGUCCAACCGACGACACCGCCCACAUCCCCGCAGCCCAAGGACUUGUUGCGACACCACUUGAAAACGCGACAGAAACAAACGGUCCUCGACAACACGAGUUGCCACAUCAUGUACGUUGACGCCAUGGACGUCAGGAAUACAGCGCGAGGUGGUUCGCAGUCGGCAUCAUCAUCAUCAUCGUGUCCGUCCGGCCACCACCAGUUCAAAGAAGGGCUGCGAAAGCGCAAGAGCAGCUUCAUGUCCGACGACAACUUUGCAGAGCCCGACAACGACGACGUUGCGAUGGACCCCGCUGGCGAAACCCAACCAAACGAUCCGACGCCAAACAACGCUCAAAAACUGGCGGAGUUUCACCGGGAUGCGUACGGAUUCCAGCUCCUGGAUCACGGCAGAGGCAACUUUGCCGCAUGUAGUUGAGCGUCUAGCCUGUCCUCCGGUGUACACUAUGUUCACAAUUCAACCCGAUUUCAAGGACGAUCC